UCCUUCUGUUCUUUGGCUUCCUAAGCAGAGCUACACGUGGUAUCUUCAGAGUGACUAUGGUCAACUUGACCUCAACGAGUGGAUUCCUCCUCAUGGGGUUUUCUGAUGAACGUAGUGUUCAGAUUUUACAUGUGCUGCUGUUUUCGGUAAUAUACCUGCUGGCCCUGGCAGGCAACCUCCUCAUCAUCACUAUCAUUACCUUGGACCUUCGUCUCCAUUCCCCUAUGUAUUACUUCUUAAAGCACCUCUCUCUUCUGGACCUCUGCUUCAUCUCGGUCACAGUGCCCCAGUCCAUUGCGAACUCGCUAUUGGACAAUGGUUACAUUUCCCUUGCUCAGUGCGUUCUUCAGGUCUUCUUCUUCAUAUCUCUGGCCUCAUCAGAAGUGGCCAUGCUCACAGUGAUGUCUUAUGACCGGUGUGCUGCAGUCUGUCAGCCACUGCAGUAUGAGGCCAUUAUGGAUCCCAAUGCCUGCAGGCGUGCUGUGAUAGCUGCGUGGAUUGCUGGGGGCCUCUCUGGGCUCAUGCACACGACUGUUAACUUCUCCAUACCGCUCUGUGGGGAGAGAGUCAUUCACCAAUUCUUCUGUGAUGUUCCUCAGAUGCUGAAACUAGCCUGUUCUAAAGAAUUCAUUAAUGAGAUUGUAGUGGCUGCUUUCACAACUUUGACAGCCUUUGUCUGUUUGAUCUCCAUUGUGCUCUCCUAUAUUCGCAUCUUCUCCACGGUGCUGAGAAUCCCAUCAGCUGAGGGCCGCACCAAAGUCUUCUCCACCUGCCUACCACACCUAUUUGUAGUCACUUUAUUUCUGUCAGCUGCAGGCUUUGAGUUUCUGAGACCCCCUUCUGAUUCUCCAUCAGCUAUGGACCUCAUGUUUUCCAUAGUCUAUACUGUGAUACCUCCAACCCUUAACCCAGUCAUGUACAGCUUGCGGAAUGAGGCCAUGAAGUCAGCACUAAGGAAAGUGCUGUCAAAAGAAGAAUUUGCUCAAAGAAAGAUAUAUUUAAAAGCCAUGUUUAAACUCUAAGGAUCCAUACAAAUAAAAAGCUUUAUUAUUAUGUUUCAAAGUGGAAAAGGCAUGAAUCUGAUUUCUUUCCAGAACUCUC